GUUCGUGUGUUGUCAGAGACAUCUGUGUGGUGCAAAGCUGGCUGGAGCUGUGGAGGAGAGGCCAGUUCAUCACUUUAUCUACACGUAGAACUCACACUGGGACUACCUAGGUUAGUCAACACGAAAAAAGAAAGACAACCAAAGAAUUUUAUGACAAAGCCGACCGAUAGGAGAUGUGUGCUGCUGUGUAUGUCCUGUCAACAGUAACGGGCUACGUGCUCACCUCUGCCCUGCUGCUGAAAUGCCCGACUCUUUUGCACCGGAGGAAGAGAGAGACAUUUCUCAGCAGGCAUAUUUCCCAUCGUGGAGGAGCAGGCGAAAACCUGGAAAACACGAUGGCAGCUUUCAAGCACGCUGUGGAUCUUGGCACAGACAUGCUGGAGUUGGACUGCCACUUGACGAAAGAUGAACAGGUAGUGGUUUCACAUGACGCCAACUUGCGGAGGGCCACUGGCAUGAAUGCCUACAUCUCCGACGUGGCCUACGCUGAGCUCCCUCCGUACCUCUGCAAGCUGGGUGUAACCUUUCAGAGGGAGUGCUUCUGCGAGGGUGGAGAGGACAAACGCAUCCCUCUCCUCAAGGACGUUUUUGAUGCAUUUCCUAAUACGCCUGUCAACAUUGACAUCAAGGUCAACAACGACACUCUUAUCAAGAAGGUCUCUGAGCUGGUUGUUAAGUACGACAGAGAGCAUCUGACUGUCUGGGGCAACGCCAGCAACCAGGUUGUAAAGAAGUGUUACAAAGAGAACCCUCGUAUUCCUGUGUUGUUCAGCCUUCCCAGAGUAUUGCAGCUGUUAGGCCUCUUCUACACCGGCCUUCUGCCCUUUGUUCCCAUCAAGGAGCAGUUUCUGGAGAUCCCCAUGCCCUCUAUUAUGACCAAACUUAAGGAUCCUAACAGAUUAACUAGGAGUCAGCGAUUCAUCACCUGGCUGGCAGACACUUUGCUGAUGAGGAAAGCUCUGUUUGAGCAUCUAACGGCCAGGGGAAUACAGGUGUACAUUUGGGUGCUGAACGACGAGGAGGACUUCCAGAGGGCGUUUGAUUUGGGAGCCACAGGAGUUAUGACAGAUUUUCCCACCAAGCUUAAAGACUUCAUGGACAGGAAUAGCAUUUCUAAGCCCCAGUGACCUGCCAGAAUCUACCUCACUAACCCCCCCCCCCCCACACACACACACACACACACACACACAACCUGGCUGACCUGCCAAAAGAAGCCCCCCCCCCCCCAGAUCUCUGUCAUGUUCUGCACUGGUUUGAGGAACCAAUUGUACAGAUAACACAAAUCUUAUAUGUAUCGUUAUCUCCUUUGAAUUGUGUUAUUUGCAGGUUCUUUGUUCCUUUGCUGCACACCUCAACCUCAAUAUAUGACAGUUUUCUGUAGUACUGCGUUAUGGUUUUAAGUAUUGUGCUGGAAAAAAACAGCAGAUGCAGUUUGACAUUGCAAUGUGUUAAUUUAACAGCAUCUUUACGAUAUUUUAAGGUCCGAUUUAUUUAUGUUUUACAAUCUGACUGCAAUAAUACACACAUCAAUAUUUUUAGUGCGAGAUGCAGCUAAAAAUGCGCUAGAUGUCAAUGUGCAGACAUGAGUCCUCGGCUGCGUUGAGAUUUAGUUUAAAGUGAGCAGUGUGAGUACUGAGGUGGGUGGUGCCACUGCCCCAUAGUUACAACUCAAGGGCACAUUCAGUAAAAACCACUGUUUUAUAUGUUAUUGUUUUUUAAAGACAAUGGGUUGUAUGUUGCAUAGUUGUGUUGCUUAGACUUUAUAUCUUCCUCUGAAUAACUGACAGAAGUUAAAUGACUGACCUGUCAUUUGUCGAAUAUGAGAGAGACAUUAUGCACAAAAUAAGGAACUCCCCUCUUGUUUGUUUUAGUAAUGAGUCGUAGUUUUUCUCACCUAUGAUGAUGUGAUUGUAAAACAGCAUCGAGUUUUAUAUUUAAAAAAUACGAACAUUUUUAAUGUGUGGGCUUUAAGGUGCAAUACAGUAGAAGCACUGAUACAUGUUGAUGGAUUGCUUCAUUGUUGUGACUUUAAAUUGAAAGAUGUUAAAGACACACAUUGACGUGUGUCAACAUUUUUAAAGUGUAAAGAUCAUUAGGAUUAUCGUACCGCAGACGUUCUCUAAUCCAAACUUGUGACCACACCAAGGGUCAGUAUUGAAUGUAGUAUGGGUUGAAUGCAUUGUAUGUUGUUUGGUAUCAGUCAAAACAGUAUUGCUGUUUUUUGUUGUCGGGCAUUUUGUAUCAGCACUGAAUGGUUUUCAUGUGUGCACAGGAAUUUGGUGACUGAUAUUUUACAUUGUUUCAAGAACUCCUGUACAUCCAAAAUCAUUAUCCUUUGAGAGAAAGACUUGUGAUCUACCAGUUAUAUUACAGAUCUCACAUCAAUGAGUAUACUGUAGAAUAUUUUGAUUACAUUACCUGUGGUGUACUGAGUGUACAUGUGUUUUGCAUGCCUAGGUGAAUAUAUUUAAGCUAUUGUGUUUGAAUCUGUUGUGACUUUGACAGACCUGUCAAAAUGCCUUAUCGCACAUGCAGUAUGUAAUUUGAUUUGCUGAAGGAUAAUUGAAAAAGUAUUUUUUUGUAUCAUUAAAAACUAAAAGACAUUGUUU